GCGCGGCAUGCUGGGGCUUGUAGUCCAGGGGAGCCAUGUGCGCGGCAGCCCCGCAUCCCCCGCGGUCUGGGGGCAGCGGCGGGAGGAUGGUGACCAGGCAGCUAGGCAGGGCCGCGGCGGCAGCAGCAGCAGCAGCAGCAGCAGCAAUAAGAAGUCGGGCCCAUAGCACAGCACCCGUCCCAUCAAAGAGCAGCAGGAAGGGGAAGAAAGUCAAUGUUCUGUAUGACUCUUUGGAAGGAGGCAUUGCUGAGAAGGAGGAGACUGACUCCAAGAAGCUGAAAUGGGAGCCAGGGAACUGGAGGCAGCAGCUGGAGAAUAUCCGGGAAAUGAGGCGGAAUAAGGAUGCUCCUGUGGAUCAGAUGGGGGCUGAGAAGUGUUUUGACAGCAGCGCACCUCCAGAGGUGAUGCGCUAUCAGGUUCUGCUGUCACUGAUGCUGUCCAGCCAGACCAAAGAUCAGGUGACCUCGGCAGCCAUGUUGCGCCUGCGGGAGCAUGGCCUCACAGUGGACAAUGUUCUGCAGACGGAUGAUGUGACUUUGGGGCAGCUCAUUUACCCAGUGGGAUUCUGGAAGAACAAGGUGAAGUACAUAAAACAGACGACAGCAAUCCUGAAGCAGCAAUACGGAAGUGACAUCCCCAGUACCGUUAAGGAGCUGGUGAACCUGCCGGGAGUUGGGCCCAAGAUGGCCCACUUGGUCAUGGACAUUGCCUGGAACAACGUGACUGGGAUCGGCGUGGACACCCAUGUGCACAGGAUUUCUAACAGAUUGAAAUGGGCGAAGAAGGAAACUAAAACCCCCGAGGAGACCAGAGUUGCGCUGGAGGACUGGCUGCCCAGGGACCUCUGGAGUGAGAUCAACUGGCUCCUCGUGGGCUUCGGCCAGCAGAUCUGCCUGCCUGUGAACCCUCGCUGCAGAGAGUGCCUCAACAGACACAUCUGCCCGGCUGCGAAGAGAUGCUGAGGGAAUGGCUGCUCCUCCUAGAGCAACAGGGCUGCGCCGGGGUCGUGAAGCCGCUGGACUCUGAGCCCCAGUAAGACUGCAUUGGAGGGGGGAAGGAGCGGGGGGAGACCUAGUGCUGCGGAGAGAUGGGAUGGGAAUGCAGCAGCUACCCAGCAGAUCUCUGAAGAGGAAAAGCUCUCUCUGAAAUGCAGCCGUCCUGCUGAGUCAGCUCUGCAGGCGCAGUCCCUCGGUGUGGGUGUCUAACACAAACACUGCACAGGGACAGUGGGAACGGGGAAAUGCUACACACUGCGGUGUCUGGUGGAGCGGGAAGGAGACCUCCGCCAGCUCGGUGCCUGGCCCUGCCUGGAGUCCCUGCCUCUAGCUGGUUGGGCACAGACUGGCUUAAGAGAGGUGGUUUUUUAAUUAAGGUUUUACUGACAACUCUACAGCGCAGGAGGGAGCCUUGGUGGCCUCAGCCACAGCUGGAAGGCAUAGAGGGUGAGCAUGGCAAGGGCCAGCUGGAGGCAGGGAGGGGAGUAUGGGGCAGCCCCCCACGGGGAGGGAUAUUACAUUAAAAAGAUACAAUUUGGGCUUCACAAAGAUGAGCCCAGCCCCCCAGACCAGGACGUUGGGGCUUCGCUGGUAGCCAAGAACGGGGGAAGCAUCGAGAGCGAUGUGGAGACUGGCCAGCAGGGCCGCUCUCAAGUUCAGCUUUGGCAACGCUGCCCCUCUCUGAACACUCUCCCCCCAUGGGAACUCCUUGGAUCUGCACUUAAAGCAAGUCUGCUGGAUUUAAGUACAUGCGUAAGUGCUGCGAUGAGUAGCUCGGUUUCUGAUCCUGGUGCUGUGUCUGCCUUUCAAAGGGUGCCGGAUUGCGAAGGUGUUUUUCAAAUGGGUAUGAAAUUUGGAGUGGUUGGGUAUUUGAAUUUCAGGUGUGGUGGGAAUCUGUCACAGAACCACCCGUUCCAGUAGCAGCUGCGGUGCUUUGGCUUAAUCAGAUGAUAAAUAUUGUUUUGACUGAUCCUUCACGUGUCCAGAUUUAACCCCUAAAGAAUCAAGGGCCUAUUGGAUCGGAAACAGGAGAACACCUCAGCCAUCUCUAUCACAGCUGGGGGUGGGGGGAAGGAAACAGAAAAUCCCCCUAAAUACUGCAGGAAUUUCCACAGAGGACUCCAGUGCAGAGCUGCUUGGAAGCACACUAGAGUCCAGAGUGUCAAAGAGAUUUAGGUGCCUUUGAGGAGUUGGGCCCAAGCUGGGGAAAACUUUGCUACUGAAACGGUUAAGAUUCCAACAACACCUUGUUCUUGCACUAGCAUCGCACAAGCUUUGCCUAGCACAGGGGGAAGAUCAGCAGUGGGCUGGAGUGGAAGGGCUGCUUUCUUCUGUUUGCAUAAUGCUGCGUAAUCUUGAUUACAGAGCGUCACCCACAAAGCCUACACUUGCAGUGCUCUGUCCUGACCUGGCUGGGCUCUGUGUCUCAGGCAUAAGCGCUGCAGGUUGGGAGUUUCGGUCUCUGUAUUAAAGGUGGGGACAUACAGAGAGGGAAAUCGGGCUUGUGCUUUUUUUGUGUGGCUUCAUUCUAAUGUUUAAAGGAUGUCUGUAAAGUUAUGCUCCCCCCCGCCCCCCACACCAGACACUGAAGUCUCAUCUACACUGAGGCCUACUUAGAACUGGAGCAGUAGCGGGUGCAUAACCUCAGAAACCCCGAGGAAGAGAGCUGGUUGAGAGAAGUGAUUUUUUUUUUUUAAAUAAACUUUUAAAAUGUUUA